GUCGAGGGAGGGUACUCGGUUUCGUUGUAGUUGUCGCGGCGUCGAGGCCACCGCGUCACCAUGAGAGUCUCAGCAAUAAUAGUGGUGCUGUGUGCGUGCGCGCUAGCGGCGGCGGGGGACGUGGCGCACCUGAAGGCGGCCAAGGCGCGGCUGCUGGGCCGCCUGGCGCGCGCCAAGCAGCACAAGCGCGGCGCGCUGUCCCCCGUGCCGCCCUACAAGCUGGGCCACGACAUCCCGCGCGUGCACCACUCCGUGCUCAAGCCGCUCCUCGUCACCUACCCGCCCACCGCCGUGCCCGUCACCCUCAAGGUGCCUCUCACCAACCCCCUCGUGCACCGCUGGCCCGUCCCCGUGGGACACAGGGUGCCAGUGCAUCAUCCACAUUUCGGACUGAAAUUCCCUCACAAAACUUUCGGCGUAACGAAACCGGAUAAUCAUUUCCAUCACCACCAUCACCACGUGGCUCGACCGGUGUUGCCGGUGGUGCCGGCGCCCCCCGUGGUGCCCGUGGCGCAGCCGAGCAUACCCGUGGCGCAGCCCGUGCCAGCGCCGCCGCCCGUGUUCGUGCAGCCCGCCCCGGCCCCCGCCCCGCUCCCCGUCCCCGCCGCACCGCUGCCCGUGUUUCCACCGCACCUCCACGUGAGGCCCGCGCCCCCCGCCCCCGUGGCCGUGCAACCGCCCCUGUUCCCGGCUCCCCAGUACCCCGCCUAUGCUCCACAGCUCAAUUACGUAAUCAGACCGGGCAACGCAGUACAAACCUCCUUUUUUGCCACCUAUCCGCGGUACCCAUUGGUGAACUACCAAACCCCGAUCGUGCCGGUUGCGCAACCUUCUCCGAUCGUCCCGGUGGCUCCCACUCCAAUGAGCCAGGUGUUCCUGGGGCAGCCCGCGCCGGCGCCGCACUACCACCUGCUGCAGCACGGGCACGGGCUGGUCGAGCAGCAGCAGCCCGCGCCGGCGCUGCACGAGCACCUGGAGCCGCAGCCCGCGGCGCUGCUGCCCGCGCCCGACCACGGCGGCUGGUCCCCCGUGCAGCCCACGCCGGGCCACCACGAGCACCCCCAGGUCACGCAGCAGCCGUCGCCGCAGGUGUACGAGCAGCACGAGCAGCACGACCAGUACCUGGCGCUGCAGCACCAGCUCCAGCAGCAGCUGCAGCACGCGGCGCAGCAGCAGCACGCGCUGGACCAGCUGCAGCGCGACCACCACCUCGCGCACGACUACCAGCAGCAGCUAGAGUACCACCAGCACCAGCAGGAACUUCACCAGCAGCAGGACUUCCAUCAGCAACAACAGUUCCAUCAGCAACAACAGGAGUUCCAUCAGCAACAAGACUAUCACCAGCAACAGCAAGACUAUCACCAACAACAGCAAGACUUGCAUCAACAGCAAGAGUACCACCAGCAACAGCAAGAUUUCCACCAGCAGCAGGAGUACCCUACUCCUGCCUCAGAGUACGGGGUACCUCAGCAGCAGCUGGACCUGGAGUACGGCCCGCCGCAGCACUCGGGGCAGCAGCAGGGCUUCGAGGGACGGAGCGGGGAGGGGGAGGGCGAGGGGGACGAGGGGGGCGCGGGGGAGGGGCACGUCCCCCUCGCGCUGCAGCCGCCCCGCGACCGCCCACUCGAACACUUCCGGUAGUCUGAUAGCUACACCUAUUGCGAUGAUAGGUGAUGGUCAACUUUACUCUAGAGUGAUAGGUUACUAAUGUAAGGAUAAGCAUUUAUUUUGUUACCUCGACGAAAGUUGUGAUAUCGAAGAGCGUAAAUAUUUAUUGACACGAAAUCAUGAUGUUAUGGUGUAAAUAUGUCCGUUGUUGCAAUUUUAUAACUUAGCUGUAAGUUGUUAUUUAAUGUAAAUAAUCAAUAAAUGAUUGAAAACUUAUAA